UUUUCUCCAGACAAGUUUUUUAUGCAUCCAUCGUCUCGAUCUACUACUUUUUAACUACAAAUUGAUAAAUCUAUAAUCAAAUAAAAAAUAAUGAUAUUGAGCAGGAAGCAAUCCAGCGACUCAGCAGAAAAUGUAAUGCUAAAAUUAAUGGCUUCUUUAGAGGGGAUGAAUAUUUCUGCAACGAAUACAAUUCCCAGUAAUGAAAUAUUAGGAAAAGGCGAUAUCCGUGAAUUGUUUUUUUCUGUUUACGUCGGGCGAGUUGAUUUAGUUCUCAAAAUUUUAGAGUCUGGAAUAAGAGUCGAAGAAAGCUUGUUUGGAUCCUCGGUCUUUCAUAUAGCGGCUAGCCAGGGUAGACUGGAUUGCUUGAAAAUUUUAUUGGAGUAUGCUGCGAGAAGCGGAAAAAGAGAGAGAGGAGAAGACAAAAGCAAAGAGAACACAGAAGAAAAUGUAAAAGAUUAUGUUGAUAUGAAGGAUAACUACGAAAGAACGCCGUUAUGGUGGGCUUCGCAUUCUGGAUAUUACGAAAUUGUAGAGUACUUAUUGAGUAAAGGUGCAUCAACGGACGCGGUGUGCGAUCAAAACUUUGGAAGAACGACUCCACUAAUUGAAGCAUCAAGAAUGAAUCAUUAUUUGGUUGCCAGGAUGCUUUUAGAAGCAGAGGCAUUUGUCGAUGCAUGUGAUGUUUUUGGAUUGACAUCGCUUCACCAUGCUGCCAUAAAUGGAAAUAUCGAAAUGCUACAGCUACUUCUAAAGCAUGGAGCGUUCAUAGAUGCUCAAUGCCAUGUAAUCAAGUCUACACCUUUAAUUCAAGCGGCCUACAAUGCGAAGCCUAGUGCUGUCAAGUUCCUGCUUAGUAACUUCGCGGAUAGUUCCAUCUCGCUGUACACACUUGAGUACUGUCUCUCGCCACCUCCUGACUACGUUCUGGUAGCAUUGCGACCAGAUACAAUCGCAAAAAUAGAUCAAUUGAGAUUCGAGUGCUUCUCCGAAAUCAUCGCUACAUUGGGACUUUUAUACGAAAACGUACUGACAUCGUUUCAACAGCUACCAUUCAAUGACUAUGCCAAACCGUCUUCUAACAUUACAUUCGACUACGAACCCAACGAAUAUUUUUAUUUCAGGUUCUCUAAUCAUUACAGAACUGUCCCACAUCCGUUGGUCUCUUCGCAAGAACGACUAAAGAGCGAUUUAGCCAAUCUUUUCAAAUAUCUGCUCAAAAACGUCUCGCUAAAAAACUUCAGAAAUAUUCCCGUUAGACAAAUCGCAUACAUUCAGCCCUACAACAUCCCGACUUGGUCACCACUGUUCAAUCCUAAAAGUGUUCCAAAGACGCAAAUAUGGCAAAUCUUAUACAAAAAGGGCAUUUCAUCCUAUCCUAUCUUGUUGAUGGUAAAAUAUUUGCACUGUCAAUGCAACGUUAUUCAAGAAAUAUGUAAAAAACAAGAUUGUUGGUCAAACGAAGAGAUAGAUAUACUUGUCCAACUGGCUUACAUUUCCACUGUGGUAGGUAUUGUCUCGCUAUCAUCAAGAUCCAGACUUAAAAUUCUCGAGUUAAUCUCCCCAGAAAAUGCUAUAUACAUGUUUUAUCUGUCCUACCUCUACAGAUGGAAAUCUUUCCAGAGAUUUCUGCAUGUGUAUAUUCAUAAGCUGUUCUCCAGCGUACCGACCAACUCGCUCCUGGAACUGGCAAGCGCUCAAAUUCCAGCUACCAACAUCAGGAACGUCAUCUAUUCGAGACUGGCCGUACUGAACAAAUGCCCAGUUCCGCACAGUGCCGAAGAUUGGGACAAAAAAAAUCUUACGGAUGACUUCAAUUGCUUCUAUAACAUUCAUAAUGCCAUGUCCAGGGCCAUCUAUGACCGACGCACUGCAGACAUAGUCUUUACUGUUCAGGAAAAGCCGACCUAUACCAUAGAAAGCGAAUGCAUCUUUCCAGCGCACAAAAUCCUAAUUAAACACAGAUGCCCAAAAAUGCUAAAAUUUACCAAGAUAUGCGGGACUGCAGGAUCCGAAUCGUCGAAAGGUUCGAUUUCACUUCCUGUCUAUUUCCUUCGCUUUUUAACUAUGAACGCCCUUCAUUCACUUCUAGUUUAUUUGUACACAGGGCAAAUUCAAAUUAUUCUCCAAGAACCUGUUGACUGCUUGAGCAUUUUAGUCUACUUAGAUAGUAUAUGGGUGGAUACGGACAAGCUGAAUUGUGACGGAUUUAACCUGCUAACAGGACACUGCAGAAACGUCAUAGCAACCAUGUCCUAUGAGCAAGCGCAGACUCUUCUAUCUUCCACAUCCCCAUCUUCUGAUAAUGCUAUAACAGAAUAUGCCAGAAGAAAGGCUGAACAGCGAGUCUCUAGCUUCCAAGGCAUCGGAGGCGCAAACUGACGGACUCUUUUCUCGUUGCAUUGCUCUUGCCAACGUUCAGCACUAAAAAAACUAGCUCAUAAACGCAGAUUGAAAUUUGUACCUUGAUAAAUACUUAGCUUGCUUAAAAGCCGAAUCAA